ACGAGGAGAGCGCGCGAGAACUGAUAGGGAACUCUCCCUCCCCCGCCUUUCACGACGUUGCCGUAAAGCAACGGGCGCGUUCAGUUCUUGGAGGCUGUGAGGGGUGUUUAUCCUUGCCUUGGUCUGGCCUGGAUGGCGAUUGUCGUUAGUAGCCGAGGAUUUCUAUACAGCCUGAGCGGCUGCCCGUACCUAGUCUCGAGCUGUUUCGGCUGCAGGUUUUUGUCAUCCUCAGUCUCCGGGGGAUCUUCGCGUGGCGAAGACCCGGAGAGGCAGAGCGCGCCCUCGCCUCCCAAGAGAAAGGUUUCACAUUUUCAGCCACCUUCAGAUUCUUGCUGUGAUUGGAUUGGACCUCCUGAUCAGUAUUCCAACCUUCGACCAGUAAUAUUUUAUAUUCCUAAAGAUGAAACUCCAUUGGAACGAAGACUGAGAGAACUUAGGCAGGAAACUCAGGCUUGGAAUCAAGAAUUCUGGGCAAAUCAAAAUUUAUCAUUUAGAAAGGAAAAAGAAGAAUUUGUUUGUUCUAGACUGAAAGCCAAAGGUAUACAGCCAAGAGAUGAAAAAGGUCAGAAAGUAUCACUGACUGCAGAAGAAAUGGCUGAAUUUUACAAAGAUUUCCUAAGUAAAAACUUGGAAAAAAAUGUAUACUAUAAUAGGGAAUGGUACAAACGGAAUUUUACCAUCACAUUCCUCAUGGGACAAGUAGCAUUUGAAAAAGCAUGGAAGAAAUUUGGACUGAAAUGAAGUGCAAACUAACAGGCAGCAACAUUGGUUUUUUCAACCAAAGAUGAAAUGAUGAAUUGAAUUUCUGUCCUAAAUUACAUCAAAGUAUUCUGAUAUAUUUGUAUAUAGGUGCUUGUUUUUAUUUAUUUAUUUUGUUCAUUCAUAUACCAGAUGCUUCCAGCUGACAGCAAUGGUUAAGAAAUAGAAGUAAUAUAUAAGACUGGUAAUUUUUUAAUACUGUUUCAACUAUAAAUAAUUCAAAUAAUUAAAUAUUUUCUAUGGAACUCUAUCACUCAUGAAGAUGCCAGCAUUAUACUGUAAUACUUGAAGACAAUACUGUAAUUGCGUCAUUUACAUCAUGAUUAACUCUGCAAAGUUUAUAAUUUAGGAAUUAUCCUCCUAGUAGAGACUUUUGUUGCUGGGUAUGAAUUGCUUUGGCCUGUAUUACAUUAUUUAAAAAUUAGUGACCAAAAUAAGGGUCUAUGAUGUGUACCGAACAUCUUGCUAAAUGGCUAAAGAGUGGAUGUUAACAACACAUGCUAUGAUGAGGCAUGGGGAACAUCUGAGGUGGACAGGUCCAAGGAUUUGAGAAGUAGAAAUGCCAAACCUGCCCCACAAGACACACCUAAUGCCACCUUGCAACCUGCUUGGGCUGGUCCUAUGACAAAGAAUUAUCUGGCUGCGUAUGAAAUACUUGUACUUAAGAAGUAUUGGACCUGCAGCAUGGAUCCCAGGAAAAUAUAAAGAGGAUUGGGUUGACAGCACGAUCCAGAUGAUCUCUGCCAACAGUGUCCAGUCCUUUCACCUUUUUAAUACAUCAUCAAUUGCUAAAUGAUUGAAAUAUUUUAAGAUGAUUUUGUAAUUAAUGCUUCAUUUAAUUAAAUGCAAACAACAUGUCUCCAUUUGGAUGUAUUCAUUUUUUAAAUCUCAUACUCAAUGAGUAUUAUUCAUUCUAGAAGAAGUCAUCCGUGUCUGUCAAUCUAGUCUUACAUAAAUAUUACCUUUAUUUAUUGAUUGACACAUCCAAUAGAUGUUUCUUUAAUAGAUAUAUGAUAGAUUGCAUUAGUUUAAUGGAAAAACAGCCUCUAUUCCACAGUUCAAAAUAUAUACAGUAUGGCAUGUCAUAUAAUGAUUUGCUCAUGGCAUUAGAGCAAUUGACUCAUCUAUUUAUUUUCAAAACAGGCUCAUUGAGAUCGACUUCUGGCUGAAUAGAAAGGUUCUUGGUGGAUUUUGCAUAGAUUAGUACUUCUAAUGGAUUCAUAUUGUGCAUUCCUUCCACGCAUGGAAUGAUUGCUUUUAUUCACAGACAGUAUAUCCUCUAGUAAAGGAAACAAAUAAGCAGGUGAAAGCAACUUCUAUUAUCCAUUCCAUCCCCUGAAGCCAUUAGUAUUCUAAUAAUUGGUCUGGCUAAUUUCAUAUUUCUCUAGGGCAGAUAUUUAGAGGAUGCCAGUAAUUCCAGAUGCAAUGGGGGAUUGGUGUACACAGAAUGUAUAUGCACAGAUCCACCGCAAAGGCAAUUGGCUACAAGACAAAUAAAGCCAGUACUGUACAUGGCAAUCUUUUUGUUAGACAAUCUAAGAGUUACAGAACUGCAUGUAAACAAGUUUCCAAAAUUCUUCACUGGCAAAUUAGUUUUUAAAAAAGGCUUCAUUUGCUUUUUGUCCAAUUAUUUCCCCCCUUUUUAAACAAAUUGCCUGGAUGAAGAAUUCUUCAACUCCUGAAUCUUGCAUUCUUUUGUAAUUCUGAUCAGAGCAGCUUCUGCAUUAUAAUUACUGAAAUAUAUAUUAUAUAUUCAGAAUAUUGUAUGGAUUUUUCAGAAUUGAUUUGCUGCUGAAAUGUCCAAACCAAAUAAAGGAAGUAUCACUGACGUUGACUCUCUGUAGAAAUAUCAAAAAUAAAUGUUUGUUUUCCAAUUAAAUGUUUUUUUUUAAUGUCUAAUGUUUCUCAGUAAGAUUGUGAAUUCUAUGAGGAAACAGUUUAGUGAUACUUGUCUAUAAAUUCUACAUGGUGUUUAAUCUGAUAGGAAAUGAUUAUUGCAUUCCAAGCAUGUCUUUUAUUUCCUGCUAUUCAUUGGAUCUCUCCAUUGAAGUAUUCAUUUCAUUAGAAUAAAAGAGGAGGAUGAGAGGCAAGAAGAGACUGAUUAAGGCUAAGCUAAAAGCUCUUAUGAAUGUCUCAGUGUGAUUGCAACUGUUAUUACAGAACAAGUGUUUAUAGAGUAUUUUUAAUUAUGUAAAAGAAGAGCGCCUUCACGGCAUAUUGUCAGUGUCUUAGUGUUUCAAUUUUUAUAUUAUCAUCCUCACUUCUAAUUUCUAACCCAUUGGUUGUCUCAUUUCCAAAUAAAAAAGCAGAUCUAAAAA